AUAUUUUUUCUCAGGUGGAUGAAGCAUGGCAGAAGGGGCACAUCAGACUUCUUCAGCUGCGAUGAGGCCAUCGGAGAUGCUCUUCAAGAAGCUCCACAACUUCAUCAACUGCAGAGAGAGCAGAACAUCCACCCUUCCACAGAGGAGAAUUACCCAUGAGGCGGCAGAAGAAGAGGAAUUGAGCUACCAAACUACUGGCUGUCUCUCCUCCUACUACAGCAUCUUUGUUGCACGCCUGGCCAUCAUGGUCAUGCUGGCCAUUUUAAUUGGAAUGCUAACCAUGCUGACCUGGCAUUUUACAAGGGUUUAUACAACAAAGUCGAUAAAUAGCUUAGCUUAUGGCCUUCGCUACGAACUUCUACAGCGGCCUAUUUUAAGAAUGUGGAACAUCCUGAAUUCCACUGUAGAACUAACAAUGGCCCAAGUAAAGCUUUCUGAAUAUGUCAUCGGUCAUUAUGACAAGCCAUCGGCCCAAGAACAAGUUGAGCUAUAUCAAAUGAUGAAGGAUGUAACAUGGGCACUAUUUGCAAGCAGAAGAGCUCUUGAUGCAAUAACCAUAAGUUACAGAAAUGGAUUUGUCCAGGCAUUUCACAGAGACCACCUGAGCAACAAUACAUUCUACAUCUACUCUGAACUUGUAAGUGAAGGAGAAGCUCAAGGUGGCCGUAUUCACAAAUCUAGAGACAGAAAUGCCUCUGCCAUUUGGUAUAGAGAAAGACUCAAUCCUGUCACUGGUGAAAAAGAGGGUGACCGCAGGCAAAUACCCCCAGAUGAUCUGAUUACAAUUGCAGGUCUCCCAGAAGUACGAGAUGGUGCCGCUUCUUGGCAUGUAGCUGUAAGCAAGUUUACAGACUCACCACUGCUUUCAGCAGCAUUACCAGUCAGGCAUCCUACUGGAGGAAGCUUAAUGGCAGCUGUUGGUGUCACAACAGCACUUAAAAGCGUCGGUCAGCUGAUGAAGGAACUUGUAGACUACCACAGUGGUUACAUGUAUUUGACUUCUUUGGAAGGUUAUGUACUUGCAACAUCUACAGAUGCUCCAUUAUUGAGGAAUACAACAACUGGUCGGAAGCUUAUGAUGGCUACUGAUUUGGAAGAUCAUAUUACAAGAGCAGGAGCAGAGUGGUUACAGAGAGCGAAUGGAAAUAAGUUUCCAAUCAAUCAUGAAGUUCACGCUGAGAAUGUCUUGUUGGGAAAUCAGCGAUAUUACAUAGAUUCAUUUUUCCUAAAUUUAAAAAGGCUCCCUUUGGUGGGGGUGAUCAUUAUUCCAAGAAAAUACAUAAUGGGAGAUGUUGACCAAAUAGGAUUUACAACAUUGGUUAUACUGAUAUCUGCAUCUAUUUGCAUUCUUGCUAUUGGCUGUGUUUGCAUAUUGAUACUGACAAGUGGUGUCUCAAAGGCAAUGAAACUGAAAGCACAACUAAUAAGUCAUUUAGAUGCAAGAAGGAGAGCAGAGGCAUCAAGCAACUACAAAAGCCAGUUUUUAGCAAACAUGAGUCAUGAGCUGCGAACACCAAUGGCUGCAGUUAUUGGGUUGUUGGACAUUCUUAUAUAUGAUAACUGUCUUACAAAUGAGCAAUUUGCUACACUUACACAGAUUCGCAAAUGCUCAACUGCUUUACUUCGGCUUCUCAAUAACAUCUUGGAUCUCAGUAAGGUUGAAUCUGGAAAGUUAGUACUUGAAGAAGCAGAGUUUGACUUGGGGCGAGAACUUGAAGGACUUGUGGAUAUGUUCUCAGUGCAAUGCAUUGACCAUAAUGUGGAGACUAUACUAGAUCUCUCUGAUGACAUGCCAAAAGUAGUUCGAGGAGACUCUGCAAGAAUAGUUCAAAUAUUUACAAAUCUUAUCAGCAAUUCCAUAAAGUUCACAUCAGAGGGCCACAUUAUUUUGCGUGGAUGGUGUGAAAGCUCAAAUUGUUCAAGGCAGCCUGAGGGUUCCAAAGAUCAAAAGAUGUCACAAUGUGCACCCAGAAACAAAUUAAAGCAAAAUGAGAGUAUUUUGAAAAAGGAGUACCAGAAAAAUGAUAGAAUUACUCUGUGGUUUGAAGUUGAAGACACAGGCUGUGGAAUUGAUCCGAGCAAAUGGGAAUCAGUAUUUGAAAGCUUUGAGCAAGCUGAUCCAUCAACUACACGAACGCAUGGAGGAACCGGUCUUGGCCUAUGUAUCGUGCGCAACUUGGUAAACAAGAUGGGCGGAGAAAUAAAGGUUGCGAAGAAGGAUGGUCAGGGGACCUUGAUGCAGUUAUAUUUGGUCCUUGGAAUGCCUGAAGAUGGCAAUGUAAAUAGCUUCCAGACAGAAUUUGGCAAGUAUAGUUUAAAGGUCUUGCUGGCAUUACAUGGCAGACAAAGCAGAUUUGUUAUGACCCAGUGGUUGAGGGGAAAGGGGGUUUUCACAUGGGAAGCAUCUGAAUGGAAUGGACUAACCCAAAUCCUUCGGCAAGUUUUCCAAGAAAAUAUGGAGUGUGCAACAAGCGAAUCAUUAAACAUGAGCAGAAUGAGAGUCGUUCACAGGGAAACCAAUCUUCACAAAAUGGGAGGUUCAGAUAUUCUCAUUGUAGUGGACACAGCGCUGCUAGACCAAAGUACAAACAUAUGGAAUCAGCAGCUGAUUUUCUUAGAGCAAUACUGCGGAAAAGCAAAAUUUGCAUGGGUGUUAAGCCAUAAUACCUCCAAUGCCAUCAAGGUGGAGCUGCGACGGAGAGGGCAUUUUUUGAUGAUUAGCAAACCAUUAUACAAGACAAAGAUGAUCCAUAUCUUGGACGCUGUUGUAAAUGAGGUAAACUUCAAAAACCAAAAUGGUAGGAAUCUGUUAAACUCAACCAUGGAUGAAGACUUGCAUGAAAGCCAUGAAUUGGAUUCCAUUCAUUUUGAUGCUAUCAGUUCAGAUGAUUCUGACGCAUCCAAUCUAGAUAAACAAAAUUCAAAAAUGAAUACAUUUUCUAGUGAAGAAGAAAUAAUAGAAAGAAUGCCAGAAUCUCAUCAACCUAAUUCUAAUUCAAGAAAAAUGUCUACUCAAAGGGUCUCCCUGGAUAAAAUUAUAAAAAACCCCAACAUUUCAUUGGCAAUGGAAAACUCCCUAAAUAUGUCAGAAGAUUUCAUCGAAAUUGACAAGCAUGGAAAUAAAAGCAUGGACUAUUCAACUUCAAUAGUUACAGAUCAAAAUCCUCUUGAAGGCUUACAUAUACUACUUGUAGAAGAUAACCAAAUACUACAGAGAGUUGCAACAGCCAUGCUGGAGAAAAAAGGAGCCAAAGUUACAACUGCAGGAGAUGGAAUGCAGGCAGUAGAUGCUAUAAAAUGCAUGUUAUGUGCAGAAGAAAUUAAAAGACAAAAUUCAAGUCAUAAAGGUGGUGUUGCAGGACUGAGUGAAUUGCAAACAUAUCCAUCAUUCAAUCUGGUUCUAAUGGAUUGUCAGAUGCCCAAGUUGGAUGGCUAUGAGGCAACAAAAGCAAUCAGAAAUCUCGAGGCAGGAACUGGUUUGCAUAUCCCAAUCAUCGCAGUGACAGCACACGCAAUGUCAUCAGAUGAAGCCAAAUGCUUGGACGUAGGGAUGGAUGCAUAUCUGACAAAACCAAUUGACAGCAAGUUGAUGGUAUCUACUGUUCUCUCACUGACUCAGAGAGAUGUUUGACAGAGAACUUGUCAUUGUGAAAGAAAUGUUUAAGCUUUCAAUUGUUAAAGAGAACAAGUUUUAUUCAUAAAUCCUUCAGCAACAAAUAGUAUCUUGUACAGUUACAAGCAAUUAUAUUCGAAGACGACUGCAGAUCUUGCAUUGCAAAA